AAGAAGAUACAUAAGCACCGUUAAUCAUGUUCAUAAAUGGUAUACGGGAGAUAUUUGGAAUUCAGAAGAUCCUGCUCAUAAGUCUCUCUUAAUUGUCAGAAGCAUGCAUAAGAAAAUCACCGACAAAACAAAUAAACAAUUUUCUGACGGGAGUUUCGUUUUUGGUUCUCAAUUUGCUAUGGCUAUGACUCAGUUUGCAUUUGUAGGUCUUAUUACUUUGUUCCCGACUAAACUAGCCAUAGAUUGGAAUAAAGAAGAUACAGAAUGUUUUCUACAUUUUUGGAGAUGCAUUGGAUAUUUACUUGGUAUGGAAGACCAGUAUAAUAUAUGUAAAGAAAGUUACCAGAACAUAACAUCACUGUUUAAUGAAAUUUUAGAAAAAGAAAUAAAGCCAAAUAUUAAAAAACCUCUCGAAGAAUCCGUGCAAAUGGCAAAAGAUAUUGUAACUACGCUUAGAUGCGUAAACCCUAUGCUGAGUUGGAAAUCUUUAAGUGAAUACUGGAAUGAAAAUUUAGAAAUAAGUUCCGAACGGAAUUUAAGUAUAUUUGAUUGGGUUGUUUAUUGGUGGCUUCGAUUAGUAUUUAAUUUUUUGUUAUGGUUUCAAAUUUUAAGAAACUGUUUUAAUAUUUUGACAAUAUCUUCUUUGAAUAAAGUAGUUAAUAAUAUGGCUUUUUAUGAAAAUAGUGCUCGAAAAUUAGAAACCAAAUUAAAUAGGGGAAAAUGCGAUUAGAAUUCGGAAUUAUUACUAAAUUUAUAAAAUAUUUUAAAAUAUAUUUUUAGAAAAUUCAUUAAUUAAAUAUGUAAAACAAAUAGGUAAAUAAUUAAAUAAUUUCAUAUUAAAUUUCAAUAUUUAGAUGACAGAUAUUUGAGAAAAUUUAUCAUAGAAAAAUUUUAGUUUAACAUUAAGCGGAGAGAAAUGUUAAGGAAACCCAAUCAUCUAAUUAUGAUAUUGCAAUAUGUGCAUUUUAUUCUGAAAUAACGAUUAUAUUAUUAAAAAAUUACG